GAUAUAUCUGGAUUUCUGGAAGAUGUUCUCCAGGAUCCAUACCACCACCAACCUGAUUCAUCACCCAUCUGAUUUCUAAAACCAGAAGAAACCUGACUAGAUGUUAGAUGUUAGAUUAGAUCUUCAUGGCUGUUUGAGUUGGGAACUCCAACACGUUCCCGUUUUUGUCUUCUCAGAAAUGGGCUCCAAGUGGAACAGCUGGUAUCUCCGUGGGAGUCUGAGUCUUUUGGGUGUCUUUUCUCUCACUGCCCUGAUCCUUAGCUUGGUGAGAAUCCACAGCAUCACGCAAUCUUCUAAGGACAAGUAUGGCUUGGUAUUUGAUGCAGGUUCAUCGCACACGUCCCUCUUUCUAUACCAGUGGCCGGAGGAGAAGGAAAAUAAUACGGGCAUGGUUAGCCAAAAGUUCUCCUGCAAUGUCAAAGGACCUGGAAUAUCCAGCUAUGCCAAUAACCCUCCGAAGGCUGGUACUUCUCUACGGGAUUGUCUGAACGCAGCCAUGAGUGUUAUCCCCCCAGAAAGACAGCAAGAGUCGCCAGUUUAUUUGGGAGCCACAGCGGGCAUGAGGCUACUCAAGAUGCAGAACGAGUCGGCAGCCACGCAGAUCUUGGAGGCCGUUUCCCAAACGAUCCAGAAAUAUCCUGUGAGUUUCCAAGGUGCUCGGAUUAUCAGCGGGAAGGAGGAAGGUGCUUUUGGCUGGAUCACCAUCAAUUACCUGCUGAAUUCUUUCACCCAGUACUCUGCCAAAGAACGAGACUGGAUCCGUCCUCCCUCAGCCAAUAUCCUGGGAGCUCUGGACCUCGGCGGAGCCUCCACCCAAAUCAGCUUCAUCCCAGCCGGCCUGAUCGCGGAUCCAUCCGAAGCCGUGGAGUUUCGCCUCUACGGCUUUAACUACACCAUCUAUAGCCACAGCUACCUCUGCUACGGCCAGAACCAAGCCUUUCAACGGGUGAUCCGGUUGAUCCUUAAUGGAGGCACCAGCGAUGAGGUGGCUCACCCCUGCUACCCAAAAGGCUACCAAGAGAUGGUACAGACGGCGUCCUUCUCCGGCAAUCCGUGCGCCAAGCCUCUGCCCUCGACCGCAUCUUCGGCCAACGUAACUCUGGUGGGCAAAGGGAAUUUCAGCCUCUGCCGGGAAAAGUUCAAAGCCAUCUUCAACUUCUCCGGCUGCCGAGAUCCAUCAUCCUGUGGCUUCGAAGGAAUCUACCAGCCAAGAGUCAAUGGGAAGUUUCUGGCCUUUUCAGCAUACUACUACACUUUCCGCUUUCUGAACCUGACAGCUACAAGCCCACUGGCCACUGUAGAGAGAGUCAUCCAGAUUUUCUGUGCCAGAACAUGGGAAGAUCUGAGCACCAGUUACCCUCAUGAAAAAACUUUCCACCUGAAGAAUUACUGCGCCAGUGCCAACUUCAUCUUGACCCUUUUAUUGGACGGUUAUGGCUUCCGAAACGACACCUGGCAGAACAUCGCCUUCCAAAUGCAGGCUGCCAAUUCUGACAUCGGUUGGACCUUGGGCUACAUGCUGAACCUCACCAACAAGAUCCCGGCUGAAGUCCCUCCGAUGCUCAAGGGUCACGAAGAAGCCUUUUGGAUCGCAAGCGUCUUCUUCAUCGUGGCCACCCUGGCCCUCUGCCUCCUCAUCCUUGUUUUGCAUGCUCUGCUGUGAAGAGACACUCCCAAGAGGACUGUAUCGCCUCCACCAUCCCUUGCUUGGGAAUGCUUGUUCCGAGUCUUCUCCAACCAAGGAACGAUGCUCCAAGGCCACGCCGCACUUCCUACCUCAUCAGUCUCUGCCCCCUUUGGCACAGGGCAGAAGAUGCUCUCCUCCCAUGGAGAACUCCAACCCAACUCCUGACCCGUCCAUCUCUCUUCAGCCUUGGGACGUAGGCUGUUUUGUUCAGAGCUCCUUUCUCGUUCUCAUUUUUUUAUUUAUUAAACCUGUCAGUCGCCAA